AUGAUACGUUCACUACAGAACAUCUUUGCUGCAAUAUUAAUAGUAGAAUUUAUCUUUGGACAUGUUACUAAUGGGUUCAUAGCACUGGUGAACUGCAUUGACUGGGUAAAGAGACAGAAGAUCUCCUUAGCUGAUGCCAUUCUCACCGCUCUGGUGGUCUCCAGAAUUGGCUUGCUCUGGGUAAUAUGGACAAAUUGGUAUUCAACGGUCUCAAAUCCAUUUAUGCAUAGGUGAGAUGUUAGGGUCAUUAUUGCCUGGAUUGUAACCAACCAUUUUAGCAUGUGGCUUGCUGCUUGCCUCAGCAUAUUGUAUUUGCUCAAAAUAGCAAAUUUCUCUAGCCUUCUUUUUCUUUACCUGAAGUGGAGAGUUGAAAGAUUGGUCCUGGUGAUAAUGCUGGGGACUUUGAUCAUUUUGGGUUUUCAAUUUUCAGUGCUCAGAAGAGAGGAAACUAUUCGGAGGAACGAUUGUGAAGGAAACAUGGCCUUGAAGACCAAGCCAUGUGACACAGAGUGCUUUUCCCAACUGGCUGUCUUCAUGCUGAUCCUCGUUUUACCCUUUGCUACAUCUCUGCUAGCUUUUCUGCUGCUAAUCUUUUCCCUGUGGAAACAUCUCAGGAAGAUGCAGCUGAAUGGCAAAGAACUGCAGGAUCCCAGCACCAAGGCCCAUCUCAAAGCCAUGUGUACUGUGAUCUUCUUCCUCUUGCUAUUUGUCAUCUAUUUCAUAUCUCUAAUGAUAGCAGGUUGGAAUUCUGGAACACAGAAGAGAAAGCAGACUUUCAUUCUUUGGCAUGCUAUUGGAAGCAUCUAUCCUGCAGGUCACUCAUUUAUUCUGAUUUUGGUAAACCAGAAGCUAAGACAGACCUUUCUGUCUGUUCUGUGGCAGCUGAGUGGAAAAUCUUAA